GUAUGACAACCAUUUUUUCAACAGUCGAAUUUUUUUCUAACCUCGAAAUUAUUAUGCACUUGAUUGUUGACGUUGGUAAUAUCAAGAUAUUGCUAUGAUGGUAGAGAUGCAAAUGUUUAAUUAAAGUUUUGUUAAUGAAAGAGUAGUUUAAAUAAAUAAUUGUACAUAGUUUCUAUUAAUUUAAAAUAUAAAUAAUCCUAAUUUGUACAUUUUUUUGAUACUAAAAACAUCAAAAUGAGUGGAGAUACGCAAAUUUCUGCAAUAGUUAACGAUAUUUUAAGAGUAGAAGCCAUUGAAGAGGCAUUCAGUUGUGUAUUAAUGCACAAUUUUGGAAAUGACAUUGAAAAAAUUAAAGGAUGGCAAGCAGAUUUAAAUGUAGCCAUGUCAAAGCUACCACCAGAUCAGCAAGAAAUAGCAGUGAAGCAAUUUCUGAUUCGAGCGGCUGGUAUGACUAACCAUAAGCGAUUGCAGUUAUUGCUUGGACUUCUAGAAUCACUUGUUACUGGAAACGUUCUACCAGCAAGAAUGGUUUCUGAAUCAAUCUUAAACUGCGAAAAAUUGGUAUAUGAACUCCAAGACUUCUGGGUAGAAUGCUUUACGUUGAUUAGAAAAAUAAUCAGCGGAGUAGAUUACAAAGGAGUUCGUGAGAUAAUGAAAAGCUGCAUAGAAAAAGCUCAGACAAUUCCUGCUAAAUUAAACGCUUCAGUUCAACCACAAUUAAAGGCUCUGGAGAAUGUAUUUGAAACAAUAUUUAACAGAAAUGCUUGUCUUCUUCCAAGCUAUUUUAUCGUCACAGAAAUUCAAAAAGUCUACCCAGAAAAUAAAAAUUGGCCUCAUUGGAAAUUAUCUAAUCUCAUGUCGAAUUUUGUGGAAAGCUUUCGACCAGUCGCUCAAAUGGUUUCUAUUAUUGGUCAUUCCAAGAUGCUUCCAGUAGUAGAACAUACAGGAUAUGCUGAUCAUUUAAUUAAUCCUUGGCUACUAGAUCCAUCCACUCUAAAAUUCUCUUUAAAAGGUAAUUUACCUUACGAUGCUGAAUUAUUAAAACCUCAAACAGAGUUACUCCGUUAUGUUUUGGAGCAGCCCUACAGUCGUGACAUGGUAUGUUCGAUGCUUGGGCUCCAAAAACAAAAUAAAAUACGUUGUGUAGCUUUAGAAGAACAGAUGGUGGAGUUGGUCAUUUCUGCUAUGGAAAGAUCUGAAAAUGAUUCAUCACAAUCCGGUGAAGGGAUUGAUGGAAGUGUUGCGAAUCAUUGGGUAUGGUUACAUUUAUCUUCUCAACUAAUUUAUUUUAUUCUUUUCCAAUACGCCUGUUUUCCAAGCAUUGUAAUAGCCAUCACUGAGAAACUUGCAACAAGAGAUCUAAGAAAAGGAAGAGAUCAUUUAAUGUGGGUAUUGCUUCAAUUUAUUUCUGGAAGUAUUCAACGUAAUCCAUUGGCAAAUUUCUUGCCUGUAUUGAAACUGUACGAUUUGUUGUAUCCAGAAAAAGAACCAUUGCCUCUUCCUGAUUGUAAUCAAGCUCUAUGCACUCACCAAAUGGCUAUUACUUGUAUCUGGAUUCAUUUAUUAAGGAAGGCACAAUCAGAGCAUGCCAAUAUCCAUCGACCGAUUCCUAAUGCUUUAAAAACUCAAUAUGAAUUCCUUCAACAUUUAGUGAUGCCAAGUACUUCUCUUUGUAUGGGAACAGACUAUAGAAUAGCACUUUUAUGCAAUGCUUAUUCGACUUAUCAGGAAUAUUUUAGUCGACCUAUGGCUACACUUGUGGAUACUGUACUAGGACCUCAGAAAAAUCAAACACAACAAGCGUCAUCAACGAAUCUACAAAAUUCAUCAGUUUUAGCUACUGGACCAAUCACUCCUUUAUCAAUGUCUGUUUUAGAUUCAUUAACAGUUCAUGCAAAGAUGAGUUUAAUUCACAGCAUUGUGACUCAUGUGAUCAAACUAGCACAAUCCAAAAGUAAUAUGCCAUUAACUCCUGCUUUAGUUGAAACUUACAGUAGAUUAUUAGUUUAUACAGAGAUUGAGAGUUUGGGAAUUAAAGGAUUUAUAAGUCAACUUCUGCCUCAAGUAUUCAAGUCUCAUGCUUGGGGAACACUUUAUACGCUUCUUGAAAUGUUCAGCUACCGAAUGCAUCAUAUUCAACCACAUUAUAGAGUUCAAAUAUUAUCACAUCUACAUAAUUUAGCUGCAGUUCCACAGACAAAUCAAACUCAACUUCAUUUAUGUGUUGAAAGUACAGCUUUGAGGAUGAUAACUGGAUUGGGGUCAUCUGAAGUUCAACCACAUGUGUCUAGAUUUUUGUCUGAACCAAAAACUUUGGUAUCAUCUGAAUCUGAAGAACUCAAUCGUGUCCUAGUUCUGACUCUUGCCAGGUCAAUGCACGUCACAAGUACAGGAGCUGAUUCUUUAAGUGGAACAUGGUGUAAAGAACUAUUGAAUACAAUAAUGCAAAAUACUCCUCAUUCAUGGACGAAUCAUACGCUUCAGUGUUUUCCACCAGUUCUCAGUGAGUUCUUUCAACAAAAUUCCAUUCCAUGGGAGAAUAAACAGCAGAUCAAAAAAGCCGUUGAAGAAGAAUAUCGAAAUUGGGCAUCUAUGAAUAAUGAAAAUGACAUAAUAGCUCAUUUCUCUGUUCCGGGUACACCACCGUUAUUUUUAUGUCUUCUUUGGAAGAUGAUUCUUGAAACAGAUAGAAUAACUCCAAUCGCAUACAAAAUUUUAGAGAGAAUUGGUGCAAGAGCUUUAUCAGCGCAUUUAAGAAAAUUCUGUGAUUAUCUUGUGUUUGAAUUUGCAAAUAGUGUUGGAGGUGGAUCUCAUGUUAACAAGUGUGUUGAUACUAUUAGUCACAUGAUAUGGAAGUAUAACAUUGUUACAAUCGAUAGACUAGUACUUUGCUUAGCUCUCAGAACUCAAGAGGGUAGUGAAGCUCAAGUUUGUUUCUUUAUAAUCCAACUGUUGCUGUUGAAAGCGGCGGAAUUCCGCAACAGAGUUCAAGAAUUUGUUAAAGAAAAUUCUCCAGAGCAUUGGAAGCAAUUAAACUGGCAUGAAAAACAUCUAGCAUUUCACCGAAAAUAUCCUGAGACUUUUGCUCCAGAAGGGAUUAUGGAUCAAACGAGUGGUGGACCCACUCAUUAUCAAAGUUUACCGGUUUAUUUUGGAAACGUUUGUCUUAGAUUUUUACCAGUAUUCGACAUUGUUGUUCACCGAUAUUUGGAAAUUCCUCAAGUUAGUAAGAGCUUAGAAAUUCUCUUAGAACACUUGGGAUGUCUUUAUAAGUUUCACGAUCGACCAGUUACCUAUCUUUACAAUACUCUUCACUACUAUGAAACUACAUUACGUGAUCGUGCACCUCUAAAGCGCCGUCUUGUUGCAGCAGUUUUGGGAUCUUUGAGAGAGAUUCGACCUCCAGCUUGGGCUUUGACUGAACCUUUCCUUGUCUACAUGAGUAGAACCGGAGAUGAAGCAAUUACUUGGGUUCCUGAACUUGAUUAUUAUAUUCGUUUAGUACGAAGAAUGGUGGAAACAAUGACGGGGGUACCGCAUUUCCCAUCAGUUGAUUGGAGAUUUAAUGAAUUUCCAAAUCCUUCAGCUCAUGUUUUGUAUGUCACAUGUGUGGAACUUAUGGCGGUACCAUUAGCACCAAAUAUCGUUGCUAAUUGUCUGUUAGAUGUUGUUGCCAAAGGAUAUACUGUAAUACCUCCAAAAGAAAUCCAUCUUUGGAUUAAUUGUGUUGGAUUACUAAUGGCUGCAUUACCUGAAUGUUACUGGGCUGCUUUUUAUGAUCGACUGGUCGAUACUAUUAAGAGUCCUGGACUUGUCAAGUGGCAAUAUAAUAAUCUAACACCCUUCCAAAUGUUUAAUUUUGAUACCACGCACAAUUGUUUAAUGGAAAAUAAAUAUUCUUACAUGCUAGCACUUGCUCAUUCUAUUUGGCAUCAUGCUGGCGUGGGACAAAUUACUACAAUGCCACAAUUUAUAAAAGGAAAACUUCAACCGGUUGUUAAUAGUGAAGAACAAUUAAUUUUUGCUUGCCAUUUAAUUGGGCCUACUUUAGCUAGAUUCAAUGUCGAAAGACCUAGGUGUGUUGUAGAACUAUCUGUUAGUUUAUAUGAAAUGUUAGAACAAGUUGAUCGAACUCAAAGUACUUUGAAAUAUAUGGAUCCAGUUUGUGAUUUACUUUACCAUAUUAAGUACAUGUUUGUUGGAGAUAUGAUGAAAACUGAUGUUGAGUGUAUUAUACGCAGACUAAGACCAGCUUUACAAAUGAGACUUAGAUUUAUUGCUCACCUUAACAUUGAAGAAAUUCAAUCUAGUUAACGUUUAGCUACAUAGAAUGAUUCAAUGAUAUUGUAAAUUUUUACAUAGGGUUGGUAUUAAUUGUAAUACUUUUUCUACUGAAUAGAAGCUACACAUUUUUAUAUUUAUAAUUAAUAUUUUAAGGUAUAUAUUAAUUGAAUACUGAAUAUGAAAUUACUAUGAAUUAUCUGUACGGAAAAUGGAGUAAAAUGUUUUCAAAAA